AUGUAUGUUGUGGUGGCCUGUGGUGCUGCAGUAUAUGACAAGCCACAAAAGCAUUCUGCUCUGCACUAUGAUCCAGGCCUCCAACAAGACUUCACUGGUGACACCUUAAAAUCAAAGCACCAGCAGAAAAGUAGCAACCAGCACCAUCUUGACUGGUCAGCAAGCUCCGACUCUGUAUCCACUUCUCAAAGUUGCUUCAUCAACACAGAACCCAGUCGAGAAGCAGUUAGUGCCACCAAGGUCACCACUCCAGAGCCAGGAGUUUCCUUCAGCAAAUCCCAAGCAAAGAAGUCCUGUGCCAGUAGCACAUGGGGGCAGCUGUCGGCCAGCAGCAAAGAGCUUGCCAUCUGCAGUGCAGUCCCAUCACCCAACAACGUUAGUGCGGCCGCCCAGCCAAGCAGCGCUUCUGAGUGCAAUGGGCUGUUGCCUCUUGGUAAUCAGGAGGGAGGAGUGCAGCUGGAGGCCCCCGAUCAGCCUGCUGGGAGUACAAAGAAGUCCAGCAAAAAGGACUUGAUAAGUCAAACCAUCCAAACUGCAGACAUUGAAUGGGUGAAGAGUGCUCAGAAAGCAUUUGAUAGCAAAUCCCAUGACAGCAUGGAAGGAAAAAAGGAGUCUUACUCGAUGGACACUGUGUUGGAUGCAUCACCCACAAUGCAGAAUCCCACUUCUGCUAGCAGUUGUGAAAGUGACACCAGUCAUGUACGAAUUACUAUCCCAAUAAAGUCUCCGACAACAGAUACAUCUGGCCACAAAAGGAAAAAAAGGCAAUCUACAAAAUCUUCCAUGGAGAAAACUAUCCAGGAGAAAAGCCUGCCUUCUGCACUUGCUAUGAGCAGUGAAGUAGCAAACAGGACUAGUUCUCAGUCAGAGGGGAGUAAAAAAGAUCUUCGAGCCACAAAGCUGGGGAAAGUGAUUGAAAAUGAGUCCCCCUUAGUAGCUGUUGACAGCAGUGUGCUUACUGACAAAGCUUCCCCCAACAGUGCCACCAGACUCAGAAAAUCUGUAGCUGUGACAUCCACUCUCCUAUCCACCAAUCUUCCCACAGCUAGCAAAUUAUCUGAGGUCCAGCACCCCAAACUUGCAGCUAAGAGGCGAUGGACCUGCAGCAAGCCUAAAUCUAUCCUUCAGGAGACCUCCAUGACAGCAUCUGAGAAGCUGAUGGUGGAGCCUCCUUCAGCCUAUCCCAUCACACCAUCCAGCCCUCUGUAUACCAAUACAGACAGUCUUACUGUGAUCACACCUGUCAAGAAAAAAAGAGGACGACCAAAGAAACAGCCUUUGCUCACUGUUGAAACCAUUCAUGAGGGAACCUCUACCAGCCCAGUGAGUCCAAUCAAUCGUGAAUUUCCAGGAACAAAGAAAAGGAAGAGGAGACGGAAUCUGGCCAAGUUGGCCCAGAUGGUCCCAGGAGAGGACAAGUCCAUCAGUGAACUCAAGUUUCACAAAAAGGUUGGGAAGCUUGGGGUCUUGGAUAAGAAGACUAUCAAGACCAUUAACAAGAUGAAGACCCUCAAGAGGAAGAAUAUUCUCGAUCAGAUCUUGUCCUCCUGCUCCAGCAGCAUAGCUCUGAAAGCAAAAGUCCAGCCACCAUCUAGUGCUGGGCCAACAACCAUUGAUGUCAGGCUAGGGAAGCAGAUCAAUGUCAGCAAGAGGGGGACUAUCUACAUUGGUAAAAAACGGGGCAGGAAGCCAAGAGCAGAGCUGCAGCCUCAACCAGAAGAACCUAAGACAGCCAUCAAGCACUCAAGGCCUGUUUCCAGCCAGCCAGAAAACCCAGCAGUGCCUUCCAACUUGCAAUCACUUGUGGCAUCGUCACCAGCAGCUAUUCAUCAGCUUUCGACACAGUUAGUGGGGACUAAUGGCAACCUUAGCCCUGCAAGUACUGAAACUAAUUUUUCAGAGUUAAAAACUAUGCCAAAUCUUCAACCUAUCAGUGCUCUUCCUACAAAAACCCAGAAAGGAAUGCUCAGUGGAACUUGGAAGCUGUCUCCACCCAGGUUAAUGGCUAAUUCACCUUCCCACCUCUGUGAAAUAGGUUCUCUGAAAGAAGUCACGCUGUCGCCAGUGAGUGAGUCUCACAGCGAGGAAACCAUACCAAGCGACAGCGGGAUAGGUACAGACAACAACAGCACUUCUGACCAAGCCGAGAAAAGCUCAGAAUCCCGCCGGAGAUACUCCUUUGAUUUCUGCAGCCUGGACAAUCCAGAGGCUAUCCCAUCUGACACCAGCACAAAGAACAGGCAUGGUCACCGGCAGAAACAUCUAAUUGUGGAUAACUUUCUCUCUCAUGAGAGCAUUAAAAAGCCAAAGCACAAGAGGAAAAGGAAAAGCCUGCAGAAUAGAGAUGACCUCCAGUUUCUGGCAGACCUUGAGGAACUCAUCAAUAAGUUUCAAGUGUUCAGAAUUUCCCAUCGAAGUUACACAUUUUAUCAUGAAAAUCCAUAUCCCAGCAUCUUCAGGAUUAAUUUUGAUCACUACUAUCCUGUGCCAUAUAUCCAGUAUGACCCAUUGCUCUAUCUUCGCAGGACCUCUGACAUGAAAUCUAAGAAGAAGCGUGGUAGACCUGCCAAAACCAAUGACACCAUGACAAAGGUGCCUUUUUUACAAGGGUUCGGUUACCCUAUUCCCAGUGGGAGUUACUAUGCACCCUAUGGAAUGCCUUACACAUCAAUGCCUAUGAUGAAUCUUGGUUACUAUGGUCAGUAUCCAGCUCCUUUGUACCUGUCUCACACACUCGGAGCAGCUUCCCCGUUUAUGAGACCUACCGUGCCCCCACCCCAAUUCCAUGCGAGCUCUCAUAUGAAGGUGUCCACCACUGCCAAGCAUAAAACAAAACAUGGAGUGCACCUACAAACAUCUGUGGGAAUGGGCCUUGGAGACAUGCAGUCCUCUUUGGCUCCUCCAAAGGUUGGAGGAACAAGCCUUUCAAGUGGCCGACUUCACAAAAGGAAACACAAACAUAAGCACAAGCAUAAGGAUGAGCGGAUAUUGGGGACACAUGAAGAUCUGAGCAGUCUCUUUGAUAGCAAGUUCACUGGCUUCUCCAGCCAUGCGAUCAAUGAAAGGCUAAGUGGCUCAGAUAAAGAUCUGUCCUUGCUCAAUGAGAAAAGCAAGCAUAAGGAGAAGCAGAAGCACCAGCAUUGUGAAACUGGGCACAAAGGCUCAAAGAGUAAUUUCGAAGUGGAUACACUGUCUACGUUACUACUUUCUGAUGACCAGCAGUGGACACAGAGUAAAGAAAAAAGUGACUCGAGCAAUGAUCCCAUUGACUCUUGCACAAAAAGAUACUCUGGUAAUACUGAGAGUAAUGCAAGAUCAGAGUCUCUGGACAUGUUUGGUGAAAUGAAUUCCUCGAGUGAGAAACGGGACAAUGAUGCAAGUGGGAAUAAAAGAAGAAGCUUUGAAGGGUUUGGAACUUACAGGGAAAAGGACAUUCAGCCCUUCAGGACAAAUAGGAAGGACAGAAGUACUUAUGAUUCUUCAUCCUCUUCAGGAAUUGUAGGACCCCACUUAAAAGCAGACCAGACUUCACUUCACAGUAAAAUGGAAAGUUCUGCCUGUAACAUGAUAACCAGAAGGAAACCAGCAGCUGUUGACAGUAUUGCAAUGCCGACUCCAGUAUUCUCUCUCCUACCUUCAGCAGCAGCAGCAUCUGAAGCAGCCAGCCCACCACUGAAAAAAAGGUUCAAGCGCCGUGAAAUCGAAGCAAUCCAGUGUGAGGUGCGCAAGAUGUGCAACUACACCAAGAUCCUGUCCACAAAGAAGAAUCUGGAUCACGUGAACAAGAUCCUGAAAGCCAAGCGGCUGCAGAGACAAUCAAAGACAGGCAAUAACUUCGUCAAGAAGCGGAGGGGGCGUCCCCGGAAGCAAACCCUUUCCUUUGAUGAAGACUCCAGAGACCAAAUGCCCAUUCUGGAAAAAUGCAUUGACCUUCCCAGCAAAAGAAGUCAGAGACCAACACUGAAUCCGUUGAUAUUGGAGCAAGCAGCCACCGAAGACACGAUCAUGGCCACCAUCGAGGCUGUCAUACACAUGGCUCGAGAGAUGCCACCCCUGCCACCUCCUCUCCCUCCUCAACCCCCGUCACCCCCUCUCCCUCCGCCCCGGACGCCACGGGUUGGGAAAAGGAAAAGCAAGUCCCCGCAGGAGGAGGAGGAGGACAUAAAAGUGAAGCGGCACCGGAAAAGCAGAGGAAGUGAAAGCGAAGGCCUCCCGUAAGGCCAGCACACCCUGUCGAAUGUCGGGUGCCGGUAGCAGGGCACGCCGGGACCGGCGGACUGGAGGCACGCAGUCUGCUUUGCCCCCAUGGCAGCACCGGACUUGUCCCUCGGGCAGCCGAAACCCAUCAUGGAGAGCUGUGCCAGCUGGGGUUCACAUCUUCCUCUUUAUCGCUUCGGCCCCGGCCCCUCAGGAAAGAGGGGGAAAGGGUGAGGGGCUGGAAAGGUGGGGGCGAGGGGGGUGGGGGGUGUCAAAGUUGGGGAGACUGUCUACUUUGCAGAGUUUCCAAAACUAAUCAGCAUCUCGGCAUUGCUGUGCUCACACCGUACCUGAAGGCGGGAGGUCGUCCUCACAGAGAGCUGAACGUUGUCACUAGAGCUGCAUGCUCGACUCGGAUUCUGUUUGGCGGGCCAGGUGAAACUAAGAGUAACCAUACCAUAGUAGAAAUCACUGUAAAAAAUAAGGAAAAAAAAAGAGAAAAGAAAAAAAAAGAGAAAAAAAAAACCAAAAAAAUAGUGUAAUUUUCUCAACUGUGAUCUUGAUUAUAAUCUGUUUGAAUUUUUCUUUUUUUUUUCAGUUUUAUAUACCUACCAGGUUUUGGGGCAGCAUAACCCCAAAUGCCUGACUCCUGAUAGAACUAUAUAUAUAUAUUUUUUCUCAUUUACUUGCCUAGUUACAACUAGCUGCAAUACAGACAAUAGAAAAGUAGAGCCUUACACGUGCACACUCUCAUUCUGAGUGCUAUCCCAAGGAACGACGGAAUAUCACAGCAUUUCAAAUAAGGUGCACAUGGAUAUUCAGUUAUGAUAGCAUGUUUCUAUGAAGCAACUUGGCAUUUGCAAUGGCAUGUGAAAAAGGGGUCAUCCAUCAACCAAGUUGUUUUGAUACUCGGUACAUAUGAGUAGAGAACAGCAAGACACUUCUGGGGAAUAGAGUUAUAGUAAACAUGGACAAAAUCACCAAAAAAAAAAAAAAGAAUAAAAAGUGAAAAGAAAAAAGUAGGACAGAAAAAAUAGAGUAAAAAGACAGGGCCCAACCCUACCAGUUCUUAUCACCUGCAAUUCCCAGUGAAAUUAUGGGAAACCCAGGAUCCAAAUUAUUUGCAUUGGGUAGCAAUGCCUUGAUAUGUUCUUUUAAAGAAAAUAGAUAAAGUAGAUUGUUUUAAAAAAAUAGAGGACAAAACCCUAUGGAAAAUAGGUUCUUUCUUGGCAAUUAUUUCUUAAAAAAGAAAAGGAAUAAGUGUUCUUAUCUGAAAAUAAAAAUAAAAUGUUCAAAGGGUAUCAACACUGCAAUUGUAUUAAUGCCACUUUGGACAUGUUCUCCAAGUUGUGGUUGCCUUAAUAAACUAAAAAGAAAUUUUUUUUGUACAUAAUGUAAUUAUAAAGCUCUCAGUCUGCAUGGAUGCAAACUGUGUGUGACAAAUCGUCUCUUUAAAUGGUCAGUUCAAAUUGUACAUUUCUCAUUCGAGUUGUACGUUAACCAUUGAUCUAACUUGGGUAAAAUACCUGAGCUCCAUUUCCACAGCCCAAUCAAAAUGUUUAAC